UUGAAGUAUGUCAUCACAAUCAAAUAGAGUUCGAUUAUUUAAUUUGCAACUUAGUAUUGGCUUUUGUUUUGAAGACUUAGCCAUGCGUACUUCCUGCUCCACAAGAAACGUUGCCAUAUUGCUGCUUCUUGGCGUGUUCUCGUCCAUAGAACUCCAAUUUACAGGUGCACAAUCAAUUGGAGUAUGUUAUGGAUCAGAUGGGAACAACCUACCAAGCAAACAAGAUGUAGUGAAUUUAUACAAAUCCAAUGGAAUUGGCAAAAUGCGUAUCUACAAUCCAGAUGAAGCCACCCUCCAAGCCCUAAGAGGCUCAAACAUUGAAGUCAUUCUUGGAGUUCCUAAUGAUAGCCUUCAAUCUCUCACAGACGCUGGUGCUGCCACGGAUUGGGUCAACAAGUACGUUAAACCCUAUUCAUCAGACGUCAAAUUCAAGUACAUCGCAGUCGGAAACGAAGUCCAUCCCGGCGAUGCCGGAGCAUCCGCCGUCCUCCCGGCGAUACAAAACAUUCAGAGCGCGAUUUCUGCAGCAAACUUGCAAGGCCAAAUCAAAGUUUCCACAGCCAUAGAUAGCUCCCUAAUUCAAAACUCUUACCCUCCUAAUAAUGGAGCUUUCAAUGAUGCUGCAAGUGGCUACAUAAAGCCAAUUAUCUCCUACUUAUCCAACAAUGGAGCUCCACUUCUUGCUAAUAUAUAUCCCUAUUUCUCAUACACUGGCAACCCACAAAGCAUUACUCUUAAUUAUGCAUUGUUCACUCAACAAGGAACAAAUGAUGCUGGGUAUCAGAACUUGUUUGAUGCUUUGUUGGAUUCUGUAUAUGCUGCUUUGGAGAAAGUUGGAGCUUCAAAUAUGCAGAUUGUUGUGUCUGAAAGUGGGUGGCCUUCUGCUGGCGGAGAUGCAGCUACUGUGGAUAAUGCAGCAACUUACUAUAAGAAUUUGAUUAAUCAUGUGAAAGGUGGGACCCCCAAGAGGCCUAAUGGACCAAUUGAGACGUAUUUGUUUGCCAUGUUUGAUGAGAACUUGAAGCCAGGUGCAGAAACUGAGAGGCAUUUUGGUCUUUUCAACCCUGACAAGUCACCCAAAUACCAACUCACUUUCAACUAAUUAAGACUUCAUUUCAUGUAAUAUCUAUGCAAUUUAAAUAAGGGUGCCAUGAGCGUAUUGUAUGGGUGCACCCAAAUGAAGCACCUUGUUUAGUGUUUCUAAUAAUCAUGCAAAAAGCUUAAUUUAUGCUAUAUAUGGAACAAAGAUUGAAAUAAAUCAAAUUCUUAUGAGUUUUACUAAUAUUA